AUGAAUAAUAUAAGUGAAAUUAAUAUUUUAAAUGGUUUAAAUUCUAUUUUAUUAAAUAAUGAAUCUCCAAGUUUUGUUGAUGUCAUAUUAUUUUUAUGUCUUGAAUUACUUGGAAUAUUUGCUAUUAUUGGAAAUAUUUUAUUAAUAUUAGUAUUAUUUAGAAAUAAAUAUUUAACUAAGCCUAGUUUUAUAUUAAUGUUUUCAUUGGCUGUUGCUGAUGUGAUACAUGGAUUAGUUACAACAUUACAUUUUUAUCCACCAAUUUUAUUAAAAAAAACUAUCUUUCCAUGGAUUGCUGUUAGAAUUUGGAACAUCUUAGAUUGGACUGCAUGGGGUAUCACAUUAACACAUAUGGCAGCAAUGUGUCUUGAUAGACUUACAGCAAUAAUGUUAUAUGCUCGGUACAAUCAAAUUAUUACACUUCAAAGAAUCUCUCGGUUUACAAUAUUUUGUUGGGGAAUAUUUCUUACUAUAAAUAUUAUGUUUUUUAUUUUCAAUUUUUGCUGCAUGAUAACACCAAUUAAAGCUCAUAGUUAUUAUAGUUUCAGUUAUAAAAAUGAUGAUAGUACUGAUUAUACCUAUAAGGAUGUAAACAUAUUUGUUUAUCUAUAUACUCCUAUAGAAAUAAGUGCUUUUUGUAUUUUAGCUAUAUCAAAUCCUAUUACACUGAUUCAACUUUAUAGGCAACAUAAAAGAAAAGUAGCCUUAAGGAUUAAUUUUCAAGCUAGUGCUAUGUUACUUGAAAUGUCAGUAAGAAUGGGUUCAAAACAUAUAACUAAAGAGUUAAAAGAUAUGACAACAAGGAAGUCAACUAGACAACAACAACGAAUCUUAUUUCAGAUAUCUGUAGUUGCUGUCAUUUUUUUUUCUUACAUGACAGUCUAUUAUCUAUACAUUCAUUUUGUUACACAGAAUAGUAGAUGGCUAAGUGUUUUCCACUCAUUUUUUUACUCUACAACUCAUAUGAUAAAUCCAAUUAUAUAUUUUUCAUUUAACAAAGAAAUGAGAUCUCAUCUAACAAAAUUGUUAAUUGAAUUUAAAUUUAUUAGAUUAUGUCAAAUUUUUGUAAAUAGUAAUAAUUCUAUAUCUUCUUAUCAUAAUUCAACUUCUACAAAGUAUGACAAAAAAACUAGUUCUUUUAAUCAAAUUGAUAAAACUACUUGUGAUGUUACAAAUUUUGAUGAUACAAAAAUUAUACAUAAUAUAUUUGAUAAGAAAAAAUUUUUUGAAGGCGAAUCAUCUAAAUCAACUAAAAUUUCUUUUUAUAAUUCAGAAAAAGUUUCUAUAACAUCAGGAAAUGUAUCACAAACACCAGAAAUAAUUAAAAUUACGCAAAUUCAUCAUGAGAUUAAAGAUAAAACAGACAAUCAAUAUAUACUUAGAAGUGUCAAUGCAAAUGAUAAAUUAGAAAAUUACAGAUUAAAAGAAACAGAUUUAUCUUUAAUAGAUACGUUGGUAAUAAAUUUGUCUCAAAAACAAUCAAUUAACGAAGGUUUUGUUGAAGAUGAUGAUAGAAAUGAUAUGAAAAGAUCAAUAACAAUGUUUGAUGAAUUUUAUACUAAUCAAAGUACUGAUAAUAUUAAUGUUUUAGAAAUUAAAAACAAAAGUAAUGUGUCCAUUUCUAAAUCAUUAACAUAUAAUUCUUUUACAAACCGCAAACGGAAUGAAGAUAAAUUUUUAAAUAAUCUAAAAUGUACCAGAAAAGAGAAAAUAUUUUUUUUUGAUAGAAAAAAACAUAAUAAUAAAUUAAAAAAUAAGAAUGUAGAAACUUUUUAUACUGAAACAAAAAAUAAAAAUAUUUUUUGUGGAUCAAAAGAUAUGACAUUUUUGCCUUUUUCAUCUUCAAAUUCAUUCAAUAAUUUAAGUCAAAAUUUUACUAAUAUUGAUGAUGAAACAACAUUUCUUGAAACAAUUGAUGAAUAUGAAGUUUAUCUUUAA